AUGAGCGACAAUGACUACCAUUUAGACGCGAAGGACAAGGAGAAAGUUGAGAGACUUGUUCCUUCCUGGGAACGCCAGGUAUUUCUUGCCUUCAGGUGCAAACUCCAAAUAGACGGAAAAGAUAUAAAAGACGGAGUUGUCGCAUUGAGUGAGCAUUACAUCACUUUCUGCAAGAAGUCUUUUAUGGGAGGAAUUUCGCAUCUCGAAGAUGUCCAUAUACUUGACUUAACUUACUUCGGAGUUCCUGGAAAAGAUUUUGUUGCUCUAAAAAUGGAGGACAGAGAAUUAUCCAUACAAGGAAAUGAAAAGGCCAUGAAGAGGUUUGUUGUUUGUCUUUUCCGAAACUACUACAUCAUAACUUCUUAUCUUCCUAAAGAAUACAAGUUGAAAUUCAGGCCAAAGGAUCCGGAUGACUUCCCUAAGUUUGACCCACGUCUCUCUCCAGGCCAGCAGUUCCAAUUCCUUUACAACGCCUAUUGUAUGCAAGAUAAGAUCAAAUAUAACCAUCACAUCGUACAAUGGGUUAAUUAUACUGCUAUCACAAUGUCCGGUGUCUUCGACUUAAGCAAAAUCCCUUACCAUGAUAUUGAAAAUUCCUUUGCAAGUACCGUAAAUAUCGGUCCUGUCUUCGACGCAUUGACGUUCUUCCCAACACUACACGGAAUCGUCAUGAGGAAUGUCGGAAGAACAGAUUUGUUCCUCGCCGCGGCUCCUUUGUUGUCAGAAUCAACAACUUGCCAAAUAUUCGUCGCCGAAGCAAACAAUAUCGUUGAUGGAUGCGAUGCAAUCGCUCAGGCAUUUGUAGACAACAGAAAAUUACCAUUAAGAUACCUCGAUAUCUCUGAUAAUCCAAUUUCUGAUAUGAUUCCAAUUUGUACAGCGGUUUCCCAUCUCAAAUCCGACGUAUUCUACCUCGAUUUCUCAAAUACAGGCAUGAACGAUAAGGCUGUCGUUGCUUUGAUGACAUCAAUCGAGAAGAACUCUCAUUUAUGGGGAAUCAGGUACUUAAACCUCGGUGGGGCAUCAGUUAGAUCAUCAGGAGCCAAGGCAAUCGUCCAAACUCUCAAUGCUUUGAAGAAAAACCGAAAGAAUUUUAUGAAAUCUUUCAAUCCAGGCAAUGUCAAGAGCGGAUUGUGCGAUAUUCUUCAGAUCCUUCAUAAGAGCCAACCACAGCUCUUGCAUCUUUCCUUAAGAGGCUCUAAAAUCGGAAAAUCCGAAUUUGGAGAGGUUUUAACUUUCUUAGCCAACGCAGAAUUCUUACAAUCACUCGAUGUCAGCGAUUGCGGGCUCAAGCCUGAGCAAAUCGCCCAAAUAAUCAAAGGAAUUACUUCAAGAAGCAUCAGCCAGUUCAAUCUCAACCUUUCGAAUACAAAACUUGGCGGAAAGAAGCUCGACCCUGUACUUGAAGCCCUCAAAGCCGCUUCAAAUUACUCUUGGGGCACUCUUUCCUUCAAUUCUACGAACAUGGACGCAGAUGACUGCCUGAAACUGGUCAAAGUCCUUGACCAAUGCAGAGGAAUCUACGGCAUCUCGUUCAACGACAACCUCACCCCUAAAAUGAAGAACGUUGGCGAUGCAUUACGAGAAUUAGUCACAUUUGCUGAUCUGAAGUAUCUUUCCAUCAAAGGUGGCAGCAACAAACUUGGUCCCAUGAUGGCACCAUACAUCAAAUUGGCAUCCCGAACCAAAUUGGAGUACUUCGACCCUUCAUUUAAUAAUUUCGGCGAAGAAGGUCUCGACGCCAUCGGAGAUAUCAUCGAAAACUCAAAUACAUUACAGAAACUCUACAUAGAUGGCUCAGGAACUACAGAUGCCGUCAAUAUUGUCAGAGUCCUCGACAUAUUGAAGAAUUGCCAGACAAUUCGUAUCAUGCCUUUCCCAUUUGAUGACGUCUACAAUAUAAUGAAGAAGGUUUCGAAGUCAAAUUCCAAGCAAUUAUACCAAAUGCUCUCUGUAAAGCAAGUUGAAGCACAAUCCGCAAUCCAACGCAAUCAGACAGCAGCAGGAAUCAAGACAGAACUCACCGAACACGAAUACAACCCUGAAUUAAACGAACUUGUACAGCAAAUCAUAGAUUCCGUGGCCCAAACAAUGGGAACACAGAAACCAUACGAACACUCCGCCAUAAACAAGGUGUUUAACAUGCCAUUCCCUCAUUUGGACGAAGUUGACGAGAAAAUCGAAGUUGAAGACUCUCCUUUGGCAGAAGAUGGAAGCGACGCGUACCAUACACCUGAAUUCUCUUGCAUCGUGAGAGAAGAAGACAACGACGCUCAGUUGAUUUCGAAUUUCAACUCAAUGUGCGUCGGAGAAAGAAAGAGAAGGGAUUUCUCUACGUUCGAUGCAUUCGCUGUACCUGAUUAUGACGAAGGAGAGAAAGGAGAUGCUUCUAAGUCUGCAAGAAGAAAACCUUCGAAAUUCAGCGAAAGCAGUGGCUCCGGUGAUUAUUCUUCCAACUCUGAGGACUAA